AUGACAUAUCCAGGUUUUCCGUUUCCCCCGAAAACACCUCUUUUUCCAGGACAUGAAUACGUAGAGCAAUACCAUGUCGACUACACUUCCCAUCACAACCUAUCGGGCUUUAUCUACCUCAAUCACACUGUUCACGCCGCUGGGUGGCUUGGGAAUAGCACAGACGGUCAGUGGGACGUCGAGAUUCAUCAUACAGUUGAAGGUGAAAUUCAGGAGGUGAUUCGGAGGAAGUUUGACCACCUCAUCGUUGCGAACGGGCAUAAUCACUAUCCUCGUCUACCAAGGUGGAAUGGUACAGAGGAUUGGCUAGCCAACUCACCCUCGGGCGGUUUCAAACGAGAAUUGAUCCACUCCAUAUUUUACCGAAGUCCUGAACAUUACCAGAACAUGACGGUCGUCGUUGUUGGUAGUGGUGCCAGUGGUCGCGACGCUGUGCUACAAGUAGGGCCUCUCUCUAAAAAGACCUACCAAUCACUUAAAGAAGGUUCCGAACCACCACCUGGAGCAAAUGUUACAGUAAAGCCUAUUAUUGAUCAUUUUAAUGCGUCUUCCAUCCUCUUCACUGAUGGCUCCUCCCUCGAGUCCGUGGAUGCAGUUAUCGCCGCUACCGGCUACAACUAUCUAGUCCCCUUCCUCACUCGUGCCCCAGCCAACUCUAACGUUGUCCCAGAACUCCUAACGUCACCGAGGACACAGGCAAAUUGUUCGACCGCUUCUUCGCUCGUUACAAAUCUGAGAUAUAUCUUCCCUCUCUACCGACAUAUCUUCAGUCUUUCACCCAACCUACCUCCCACCGCGCUUUCAUUCAUCGGUCUACCUGUCUUGAUUGCAAAUUGUCCCUCGGAUAUCGCACAAUCAUUGCUACUCGCUCAUGCUUUGGCUGACCCAUCCAUCCUUCCGCCGCGCCACAAAAUGAUGGAAGACCUCGUCUAUCGAGAAAAUCGGCUUCAAGGUUUAGGUUACGAUCCGUAUGUAGUCGGACACAAGAUGGUGGGCGGAGACCAAGAAGCCCAGGACUAUCAAGAUGAACUCGUUGACUACUUGAAGGAGCGAAAGAAGCUCCCUGACGAUGGAAAGAAGUUCGUAGAGCAGUGGCGGAGAGAUGCGCGAAAGAGAUCGUCUUUGUUAAAAAGAGCGUGGGGACGAGUCAUUGCCAAAGGUGAAUCUGAGGCUUGGUUAAAGGCGAUUGAAAAUGAGAGUCAGUGGGCGGAUUUGAUGGAGAGGCUUGCGGAUUGGCAACAGAAGUGGGAGGAUGGUCAUGGUCAAUGA